AUGCUGACUUUCAAUGAGGAAAUGGACAAGGCUAGGAUGGAAGCUGAAACCGCGCCCGAUUUCCCCUCCCUUACCCCGGGGUCCGCUUCCGUAUUGGCACCUGACAUCCUUCCCGUCAACCUCGUCGUACACCGGGACCCCAACCGGGGCGUGCUUCACUUCUGUGUUGUCUGGGAAGCUUACGACAAGAGCAGCCCCCCGGUGCAUAAUGGCUACAAGGUCAUUGAGCUCAGAAACAACCCUGACCUGGAAGCCGCAAAAACGAACCCCUACCUAUUCCGAUUCAGCUUUCGGUCCAUAAACAGCCAGAGUAUCGCGCAUUGGAAUUGGACAUAUUUGGGACAUUAUAACGCGGAUACCCGCAUGGGAUUCCUCAGCGCCUUCAAGCAAUGGGAGCCGAAGAAACCGUUUGGCAAUUGCAUCACAUGCGUCUUUGAUGUUCUAAAAUACUUGGCGGACCAGAAUAUCCUCGGUAAUAUAACGAACGCUGGGUUGCAGACGAUCCUCGAGGACCAACGGGUGCUUGACCAGAACAAUCGUGCUUUUGAUAAAUACUACGAGACGAACUCGAGAGCCCCGACAUGGGAUGGACCCUAG